AUGUCGACAAACCGCCAAAGACCCCCUACACGCAUUACAAGAAACAACCCCGAACCUUCAUCCCAACCACAAACGGCUCGUAAGCGUCAACGCCGCGUUCAAGUAGAUUCUUCGAAUGAACAAGUUUCAGCCACAGCAACCACGAAUCCAAAUGACAACACCUUUUCUGGAAGAGACGAUACCACACCACAAUCAGCUCCCAAUGACUAUGAUCUUGACCUCCCGGAUAUCACAUUGCAAAACUACCAUAAAGUCCAGAAACACUGGCCUCUUGAACGUAUUCAAGAACAGCUGAAAAAACAGACGUCUUCUAACCACCAGAUCAGUGCUGCAGUUCUUGCUGAAGGACAGGCCGUGCUUGGUGCAUUUGAGCAAUCUCUUCACAUGAUCGCUAUGGUAUCAGGUGUCAAUAUUGAUGUAUUGAAACGCUCUUUGGGUUUGUUGGGUGGAACACACGCUGACAACUCUUGGCAUAGAUGGCUAAGCUUUGCAAUUGCAGCCAACAAAAUUGCAAUGCCUGCCCGAGGGGACCCGGCUGCAUCGGACAUUCUAACCAUGCGAAAUCAAGCAAACUCCAAGACAUAUCGAGCCCUCAAAAAGGAUGAAGUUGCUGUGUUCACUGCUGAGGUUUUCUACGCUUUGGGAGGAUACCCCGACUAUUCAGCAAUCUCGAUAUCCGACGAUGCGGAUGUUUUUGGUGACUCCUCAGCGCUUGUUCCUGAGGUCCCAAAGCUUAGUCCUGCCGAUGAAAAUCGAUACCGUCCCCUUUACGAAAAGCUUGUUGAUCAGGACAAGGUGGCCAGGGACCGAGAGCUACAUACCCCUGGAUCGUCAGCGUGUAAAGAGGAGAAGCGAUCUCUCCAAAGUUUCAAGAAGAUAGCACUACAACUCGCACGUGACCAUCAAUUAUUUGGUAUGGAUUAUUAUAUCAUUGCUUGUAGUAACAACAACACCGGCGAAGGAUGGUGUCGGGAGUAUACCAGCAGGGACGAGAUUUCUCAGUGGGUCAAGACGAAGGCUCAAAUGCAACAUGUCUUUCCCCUCUACUGUCAACACGAGUCAACCAUUGAAGAGAUCAAAGCGAAUGCAGCCGCAAACAGUACUUCAGCAAAGAGUAAGAGACCAAAGAAUCAAUCUGAUAUGGAUAAAGCUGAACUUGUUGGCCUAUUGAAUCAACUUCUAAUCGAUGUCCUUGGCGAUCCUGAUAAGGUUUUCCCCAAAAUCCCCAACCCAUUACAAGCCUUGAAGGACCGCAAGAUCCCAGUUACCAUCGAACGCGCCCCAGAUUCCACUAUGACACUAGAAGAAUUCGAAAAGGGUUUCUCAGGCAUGGACACCAAGGCUCGACGUCACUGGAUCAGUGACAUCAAGACUUGUAAGUUUACGGUCAAGAAGGAAGAAAGUCCACCCUCAGCAUCAGUUGCGACCAAUCAAUCUGCUGAAUCGAAUCCCACCACUCGUGAAUCCGAGACUCAAGCUUUGGCAACCCAAUCGCAAGAAGCUCCACCAACUGGAACUCAAGUAGUCACUGAUGCAGGUCAAUGUAACAGUGGGAAUGGAUGCGACGUUGCUUGA